UGUAUUUUAUCACCACGGCACGACAGCGUCCUGACUGGACCACCAACGGCUUCGCGCAUGCUUUACGCCGAGCUGGGGAUCUCCAGGCAAAGUGCAGCCUGUUUUUCCAGCGCGCGUUCCGCCAUUUUCCACUGACUGGGGAUCUGAUGACACUGUGACAUCGCAAGGUCUCUACGUAGACAAUGGGGAUCCGUACGAUGAAGGGCCUCUGGAGGUCCUGACGUUGUCUAUCAGCCAAAAUGACGCUCCCAUGCUCACAAAAGUUUAUUACCCGACAAGGAUCGACACAUAUGCCGUCCUGUUCUUCACCGGCGGAUACCAGGGAGACAUCCCGUCAGAGCUGUACAGCGAUGUGUUAGUACGGGUGGCCAGUCACGGGUUUGUGGUGAUCGGGAUAGACUACAUGCCCAUGGUGACGGCGACUGCUAACGUGAGGGAUAGGAGUCAGAGACUGGGAGGAGACCACACACAGAAAUACAUGGAGGAACUACAGUGGGUAACUAAGAACCUGGAGGCGAGAAUCGCACAGCACCUCAACCGGACGGGACUGGUACCGGACUUCAGCCACCUGGCGAUCGGCUGCCACUCUGCAGGAUGUGACCCACUGGUCAAGAUGACCCUGCAGAAUCACACCUUCUCAAAGGCGGCCCUAUUGCUGGAACCCUUCAGUUUUAACUACGCCACCCCGGUGCCGUUCCAAAUGCCUGCCUUCAUCCUCGGCACGGAGUUGUCCACCCAGCCGCACGCGUGCGUCCGUCCCGGGCAGGGCUACAACCACUUCUACGACAUGUGGAAAUGCCCACGGAUGCUUAUAGCAGUCAAGGAUCAUGGCCACUGUGAUAUCUACAACGAAACUUGGUAUAAAGCGUGUCAGUUAACCCACUUCUGCAAGACUAACCCAGACGUCGACAUCAACAAGUACCACAACUUCAUCCAGGGCAUCAGUGCAGCCUUCCUCACCACCACUCUACAGGGGCAGGACAAACUACAGUACAUCACUAACACUACACUACUGCCUGUGCAGCUACUGGAGUACAAGAACGACAUGAACUGCUAAUAUGGAAAGAAGGCUAGGCAGCAGUAUCCAGUGCCAAAUGCUUGCACUGGCAACAGUUUAUUUUGGUGACCGUCGAAAUGGUUAACAAUACGUAUUUUGAAGACAGCCAUGGUACAAGUAUGGAUGUGAAAGCCAUGAAAAAAAUGAACUCUAGGCUCCCAAGAUUUUGACCUUGGAACGGCAUUUGGACAUGAUUCUGGAUAACGUCUAUGAUUCCAUGACUUGGCUUUGUUAUUUUGUUAUUAUCUUUAUUGAAAA